UAAUUCAUUUCAAUGCUACAAAUUAAAAAUUAGGCUUUACAAGUGCCCACAUGCAGUCUUUGACUGUCCAUUUUUUAGUUAUCCCAUGCAGUAGGUAGCUGACAGGUGCCUGUGGCCUGUUUGAGUGGUGACAUCCUGUGACAGUGUGUGCUCGCAUGAAAUAGCAGAGAGUAAUUCGAGGCUUGCAUGAGGGUCUGACCAAGAAUCGCUAUUAUUCCAGAACCCUCCUUGAUAACUGUACCAUUAAACACAAGUCAAAACAGAUCUGCCUGCGGCGAUUCUCGGAGAAACUCACGUCAGGAAUAUUUGAUUACUUCCCCGAGAUGUUAAUUAUUAGAUGGGGCUGGUAUCUUGUGGUGGAUAGGCUAUAUUCCAUUCUGCGUAAGAAAGUAAACAAUGGCUUGUUCACUACAAAUUACGUUGUACUGUCUGACCCCGAUGUCGCGGAGAAGCACUCGCGUAAAGUUUCGUUGCCGAGGAAGGAGUCUUUUUCAUCUGUUCGUAUUAUUUUCCGCCGGGGUGUUUUUAUUUCAUUUGUAUUUUCAUAUUUGUGUGGUGCCAGUGAUUCCCAGCGAAGAGUCUUGUAUUAUGGCGAAAGUUUCCUGCCAUCGUGAUAAAGAAGCAUCGAAAAUGCAAAAAGACAAAGGUUAUGGCCCACAAGUGGGCAUUGAUGAAUUAAGGGAUGUCGGAAAAGAGAGAAGUCAAGGAAAGAACUCUCCAUGCAGAAAGACAGAGGAAGAGUCGAGAUUUCGCGAAGUGAAAAGAGGAAUAAUUGCUUAUUCAGCUUGGUUUGAUGACAGAAAAUCUCUGGAGUAUGUGCGAAUUUUGUUGCUGACCUCAACAAGAGAGCCUCUUCCAAUGCUUUUCUGUCAUUUUGACAGCGAAUUAAAACGAUCUUUUACUAGUAGAGUCUCUUAUUAUCAGCAUAGCGAAAACCAUUACAUGCCGUUUGGAUGCUUCAUAGCUUCAUGCGUUGUUCCACCAGAAUUGGACCACAUACCAUGUUUUGUGAUUGUCUCUACGUAUGAUAAUUCAACUUAUAAAACACAAACCGAAAGCAGCUCGCUUGUUUUGCCCAUAAAUUUUAUCGACCGAAAAAUCGAGAAGGUUGGUCACAAGCAAUACGGAAUUUGUAUUCCUCCUCUUCACGGCGAGAUAUCGGUGGACACGUUGAUAGAGUUUUUGGAACUCUCACAGAUUUUAGGAGCUUCACAUUUUACUUUUUAUAACUUGAACAUGUCUGAUAGUGUACAAAACGUUUUGGAUUAUUACGAAGAAAAGGGAUUAGCGCGCGUUCUUCUUUGGAAUUUACCUUCUUAUAUUGGCGAGUACGAUAUCCAUUAUUAUGGGCAAACUUUGUCAAUUAUGGACUGCUUGUUCCGGUCCAUGACUUAUCUUGACUUUGUGGCUUUUAAUGACUUAGACGAGUUUAUUGUACCGCUUUAUCAUCAUAACAUGAGUGUUUUGCUGAAGGAAAUUCACCAUAAGGAACAUUGCGGGCACUGUUUUCAGAGCGCGAUAUUUAACCCUUCUUGGGAAGAUCUGCAAAUCUCGCGGUUAAUAACCCAAAGGGUUUUUCGUCGCACGAAAGAGGCUACGCCAUUUUGGACUAAAUGUAUUGUCGAUCCAAGAAGAAUAUUCGAGGUGGGGAUACAUCACAUUAGCAAGCCAAUUGAAGAUAAUUUUAUUGUUGAUCAAGUUGAUUGGAGUGUUGCGCGGGUGUUUCAUUACAGAAAAUGCGAUGACUCGGAAGCGUUAAUGCAGCCAGACUGUUCUGGGAACAUUGAAGAAGAUAAAACUAUGCAAAAAUAUGAGGAACAGCUGCAGAUUAAUUUUGAAAUGAAUGCCAUGGCUAUAGUAGAUUUUGCCGAAACAGACUACGAAAGUGUUUGAUAUAUACAUCGACAGACAAUCGAUGCAAAAUACUUAUGGUUGAGGACGCUAAAAAAGACCGAGUGAAUAAUGACUUCUAGAGAGUUUUUGCAAUAGCUACCAAUCGCAUGCAAACAGGCCUUUAGGUGACUAAUGACUCAAACGCGAGCUGCCCUUUGGUGUUCUCAUGAGAUAAAAACAUCAUUAUAGGUGUUAUAUAUCCGGCUGAGAAUAUUCUAGUGGCAAAAACAAAGCAACUAUAGUGAUUAAAUUCAAAGAGAUCUAGAUGAACGAAAUCUAAACUAAUUUCAGAGACCUUUGGUUAUUAUUGAUAGGUAUUGGUCGGAUCAACGAAUUCCCGUUUCUUUUUUUUUUUUUUUUAGAUGUCAGAGUUGUCUCUUGACUGGAAUUUUAUUUACUUUUGAACCACUCAGGAGAGAAAAUUGAAUCUUUUCAGAGCUUAAAGCUCAUGAUAUGAGCGCGCAAACCAGAAGUUGUAGUUAAUGAUGUUAUGACGAAACUUCAAAAAGAUCUUCAUUGUACUGUUAUGUAAACCGCAGCAUGAAUAGAUAAACUGUUUGUGUGAUCUCUCAAAGGAAAUCACUAAAUCGAAAUGCAGCUCUGAUAUUAGAAUCAAAACUCAGAAACACUUAGUUGCGACGAAGGUUCAAUUUAUGAGUAAUUUCUAGGACACCGAAACCCUCCGACUGCGAAAAGCUUAGAAAUUGAUUUAUUGAAAGUAUGUGAAAUCCA